AUCGAGGAAAAAAAGAGAAAGUUACCAAAAUGGCGGCGUCAACCUGCCCGUCCACUGGAAAACAAUAGACGAGCACGAACGGAGCCACAAGCAGCCCUAAUCUGGGAGCAGCACCGUCAACCUGCGGCGACCUAUUUAAAAAAGAGCUCGCUCCGAGUUGGCUUCGCUCGGGAGCUAACUAACUUGUCAGGCAGGCAGUCCGUCAGUCAGUCUGUCCCCCGACCAGAGCUACUGAGCUAGCCGAAGAGCUAGCUUUGGCUACACGGGGGGAGGGUGGUAGGGAGGCGGGCGGCCGCAGGAGGAGGCGACCAGGCGAACAACCGGCCAAGCGGGCGGAGGAUCAGCUGUUGCCUCAACAGAUGCCGUAGAGAGCGCACGGCCCAGCCCCACGUUCACAGUAAGUCCCUUUUGACACACGCGGACAAUGUUGUCGUAGCCCCCAAAACGAAAAGGCCACCAUUUUGUACGCCAACCGAGCCGGAAAGGCCUCCGAAGUUGGCGAACAAGUAAGUCCGCUCGAAAGAGUCGCCGAGUGGCUUAGCUCGCGUUAGCUUAGCACCUAGCUAACAUCCAUCGAGCGACUGAAGUUGCCACCGAGUUAACAUGAAAUUGCCCCCCUACAACAUGCCCCGUGCCCCGUGAGCUCACUUGGGCCAAGGGGCCCGCUUCAAUUGCCACUUUUUUUCAGUCGUGCAACUUCUAGCGAGUGGAGGAAUGUGCUAGCAUGUAAACACAACACAAAUGUUGCUAAUGCGCUAAUUAGUUAGCUUUCUGGCCAACUUGGACGCGGCUUGUCGCUGCUCGUUUCCCCGCAGCUCGGCCUUGCGUCUCGCUCUUCUCCCCGGCCAAGAGGCCGGACGGAAGGACGGCCGGCCGGCGGUGACAGAAGGCCGUGAGCAAUCCCAAAGGUCUCCUCCAAUGGAGCCAGCAGCACGGCUGGCAUUGUAAGGGUCGAGAGACUGACGGACGGACGCAGAGGGUGUACGGACGCUCCUAGCCACAAAAGCAAUAAUUAUAAUAAGCAAGAGCCACAGUCGGCGUUUUAUGGACCUAACCUGAGCCAGCAAGCCAUUUUUUGUAUUGAUGAUGGCGGAUUUUGUUACACCGCGACACAGCGCGGUGAUGGAGCGGCUGCGGCGGAGAAUCGAGCUCUUCCGGCAGCAUCACAACAGCUGCGAGAGACGCUACGAAGCUGCCGCGCUGGAGAGCCUGGAGCUGGAGAGGCAGCAGACCCUUGCCCUCCACCAGCGCUGCCUGCAGGCCAAGGCCAAGAGGUCCAACAAGCACCGGCAGCCCCCGGCCAGCGCCGGGGAGCAGGCUGGGCAGAGGGCUCCCGGGGCCGCCGGCGGCGGAGGAGGAGGUGGCGGUGUUGGAGCGACGGGCGCGGAGCUCGGCGACGGCAGCGGAGUCGCCGCCGAGCAAAGCCGAAACAGCACGCUAAUUGCAUUGCAGGAAACGGUCAAGAGAAAGCUGGAAAGCGCCGGUUCGCCUUUGGGCCGCGAGCAAGUCAACGGCUUUUCGGACGGCUUCCCGCACAGCAAGAAGGCCUGCAUGGAUGCCACCGCCAAGGCCAAUGGCUCCCCCAUGGACUCCAAGUUGGGUCUGGGCGACGCACUGGCCUCCAACGGCACCCACGGGCCCGCCAUCGAGUUGGCAGCAGAUGGCGCCAAGGAGGCGGCGGUGGCCGACUUCCACCGCAAGGAGAUGAAGCAGGAGCCCGACGACAUUCUGCCCAUCAUGCCGCCGUCGGCAGGAGGAAACAACAACAACCUCUUCCCGGACCUCAACUUAGACGAGCAGGAGUGGUCAGACCUCAUGGAGGAGCUCAACUGUACUGUACCCUACGAGGACAUCCAGGACAUCCUCAACGAUGGCUUCGAGGACCGCAAAGACCCUCUGGAGAUGACGCCCAACCAAGGAAGCGGUGGAGUGGCGGGCAGCCAGUCCUCACAGAGUCUCCUUCCUCUGGAUUUGGGAAGCGUGAAAGCCGAGUUUUCCCCGUCCGCCUUUGAACAGGACUCGCGCACCGGGUCCCCUCACAUUCGCUCGGCGUCUUCUGGGCCUCCCCCUCCUCCUCACCCCACCAGCUCUCCGGCAGCCACUUCGUCCGCCUCCUCUCUGGCCGCGCCUCCGCCCAGGCAGCACCCGGCGCCCCCCAAUCACCUCCUCACCAAAGACCUGUCCCCCGCACAACAGCUUCAGCAACUGGCUGCCCAGCAGCAGCGGGCGCAGCAGCUCCACAGCCAGCUGCAGCACAGACAGACGCCGCCCGCCGGGGCCAAGUUCCACAGCCAGGGGGUCCCCCACGCUCACCCCCCGCCCUGGACGCAGAUGGCUGCCCCCUCACAGAGCCCGCUGGGGUCGGCGUUUGGCGUGGACAAGCCGGCCACCCCCUCCUUGUACCCGCAGGACUUUAAUUCCAGCACGCAGAAGCAGCGCCUUAUGUCUGGCCAGCCCCCCAAGGGCUCGCCCAAGGCAGGGGCCAACAGCUACAUGCCAGGGGCCGCCGGCCACCCCGGUUUGCUUAGCCACCCGGCUCAGGGGCCCCCUCUCAACCACGCGCCGGCGCCAGGGGGCCAGGCGGCCAUGUUGAACUACAACAACACCAAGCCCCUUUCCCACUUUGAGGCCGGGCCCGGUCCACCCAGGCCCGCCAACAGCCAGAACCAGAACAAGGCCGCCUUGCUCAGCUUGCUCAGACAGCAACAGCAGCAGCAGCAGCAGCAGCAAAUGAAGCAGAAGAACAACAUGAACUUCCGGCAACACCUAACACACUCGCAGCAGGACCAGAACUCGUACCCGGCGCCUCCGCACGGGCCCAGUCCCGCUAGCAACCUGACGUCCGCGCCGGGCGGUAGCGGAAUGGCGGCCCCGCCCGGGCCCAACGCCAUGGCGAGUAACCACGGCAAUACGGCCUACCUCAGCAGCCAGGCGGCGGCACUCAAGCAACAACAGCAACAGCAGAUUCUGGACCAGCAAAAGCAGCAGUACCUGCAGAGACAGCAGAUGAUGGCUGAACAGGAGAAACAACGUCAGCAGGACCAGCAGCUCCAGAGACACCUGACCAGACCACCCCCUCAGUACCAGGACCAGCCCGGACAGAAUGCCAAUCAGAACGCUUUUGCCCAGGCCCCUGUCAGCCAGUUUACAGCUUCGUCUCAGUCACUGGCCAGCGUGUCUUCCAUGGGAGGCCCCGCACCCUCCAGCCAGCGCAUGUUUCCUCAGCCUCAAGGCAUGAUGGGACUCAACAUGGCCUCCGGCGCCAUGUCGGCGGGCGGCGCGGCUCCACCGCCAACGGUUAGCCAGGUGGACCUUGGGCUGACGUCCUGCGGAGGCGGAGCUGGUGUCGAUGUCCAGCAGGUGCUGUACAACAACAUGACCCUUCACCCAAGCGGUGGGCAUGGCAGUGGCGGGCACGCGCCCCAACAGCGCCAGCCCCUGUACAGGCACACCCUGUUGUCCCAGCAGCACCUCAGCAAACAGUCCAACGCCGCCGCCAUGUUGAAGCAGCAGCAGAUGGCCACCACCCGCAUGCCCGCCAACAUGCAGGCCGCCCAGAACGCAGUUUGGCAGCAGCCAACGCCACCCGCUAGCGCCGGCCUUCCUCCCAACGCCUUCACCAACGCCACAAACGCCUUCCACAUGCAGCAGCAGCAACCUCGCAUCCCCAAGAUGGCCGCUACGGCUUUUAACGCCAACCCCACCGGGCGGCCUGUGGCGGGCAUGAUGCAGAGCGCCCAACAGAGGGCGCCACCCAACCCACAAAACCUGGGCCCGCCCCAGACUCAACAGCAAGCCGCUCAGAACCACCCGACCAAUCAGAGCGUCCUCCCCGACCUCGUGGCAUUCGGGGCGACGGCCAGUGGCGGGCGGCAAGGCCUGGCAUGUAACCAAGGUUACCAGGUCAGCAGGACGGCCAAUCAGCAGCAGCUCUCCUUCGGCUACAACGCCACUGCCGGGAGCUUCGCCGCUGAGAGCGACUUGGUGGAGUCGCUGCUCAAGGGGCAGAGCGCGCACGAGUGGAUGGCUGACCUUGACGAGCUGCUCGCCUCGCACCAGUAGAUGCCGACACACUUUCCGUCGGCACCAACUGGGAGCAACCCGCCCGCAUCUUGUCUCGAGUCCCGGUAUUAGUUGUCACCAUGUCACGCAUUUCAUGUGACAUCACAUGUUCUCAAAUGUUCCACGAAGCGUCAGAUGGCAUGUGCUUGGGGCAACGUGUGCCCCCACGUAGUGUCAUGUGACACAUAUCGCGUGAUGUUAUCAUGUGUCAUGUGACACUUGACAUGCAUCAUGUGACGUCUGUAUCAUGUGAUGCAUCAUGUGACACCACCUGGGGCAUAUGUUGUGCAACACGUCACACAUGACAUUAACCCGACAUGUAACAUCAGACAUGUGAUGCCACAUGACACCAUUUGUUCACAUGUUACGUGAUGUCAAAUGUUACAUUACGUGUUACAAUGAGUUCUUGAGUUGAGUUUGACGUUGACUUCCCGGAUGCACUCACACAGGUUGGUGGAUGCACGGACUGCUCGGACUGGAAUGCGUUGCCAUUGGCCGGCGGGCGGAGUUUAUGCGCCACCUUGUUCAUGUUUAAAUGUUUCUAAAUCUAUUUUUUGUAUGUAAUGUUGCGAUCUGGACAUAGAUGUUAUUUUUAUAUAUGGCAGACCAUUUUUGUAAGUAUUUUCUACUUUUGAUAUGUUCGUGUUAAACAAGAGAAUUAUGUCUUGUAAAUAUACUACUCCAAAAACA